AUGGAGGAUUUUAGAAGUAGCGCAGGGUGCUCGCAAAAAGAUAUGUUAUGGGGAGGGGAAAAGAAAGAUUUAUUUGGUUCCGCUACAGCCGAUAGGCCCAAUCAAGUUGGCACAGAAAGCGCGGCAAGUGCGACUUCCAUAACGUGCGAAGAAGUGACACAAAUUGAGGAUCUUGAAUUAGACGAACUACGAGAUUCUAACGAUGGCUUUGUUACAACCCGUCAUAAAUUGCAAUUUGGUGGUGCUGGAUGGGGUUUCCUCAUGGAACAACAUUAUGACGAACUUUACGGGGCUUUUCGCAGUUCAACUGCAAAGGCGUUGGGACUCUCUGAGAUAGAUGUUUUUGGAAUUUGUUUUUCUGUCGGAUCACUUGUGGCGCAUUUUUCAAUUCGCCACCCCAUAUCCAUGUUGGGAAGGGAUAUAAAUCAAGCGCUGAUUAAAUACGAUUAUGCACUAGUUUGGGCGCUAUACCACAGAGGGGGGGAAAAAUAUGGGACACCUCAGCUAAUUACUACAGAAAACCCGUUAGUUUCUCCAGCACCAGCCAAGAAAAUCAACCGAGAUAAUGAGGAUGGGCAGCCGAUGGAAAGUAAUGCCAAAAAAGACAUUAGUCAAUAUAUUGCUACGCCUUCCACCGCAAGAGAAAUCCAUCAAAAUAAGGACAAUAUUGUAGUCAGCGGUUCCCCAACGCAUUCCUCAACUCACCAAAUGAGCUUUUCAGGGGCUUCAUGGGGUUCUAUUCUAAAAGAACACAUGGAGGAAAUUCAAAAGGCCAUCGAGCACGACGUUUCUGACGCCACGGGUACUUCUGGCAAAUUUCAAACGAGACUAUGCUUUGAGGACGAAAAGCUGAUUGUAAUGUUUACAGCGACCUAUGAAAACAACGAGGGUUCACCAAUAAUGAACCGUCAGUUGUCAGAACACGAAUACCAACACAUCCGGAAUAUAUAUAAAAAGAAAAACGACGGGGCAACAAGCAGAUUCAAAAAUAAGGGAAAAGAAAACAGCGAUUUGACACACAAAAAGCGAUUCUCUGGAACCCAAAUCGCGGCACAUGAUUUACCAACCCUUCAGUGGGCCACACGAAUCCCAGAAAAUCCCUCUACAAAAAAUGAGGUUACCAUUAUCACGCCGCGACGAAUUCUACUAGGCGGUAAUCGCGCUGUGGAGAGUGCAAUGCCAGUUGAGACCAUGAUAGUAACGGAGAAUUAUCACCAGGAUUCCGUGGUGACACACCACCGUGUGCAGUUUGACGGUGACGACUGGGAUGCUGUUCUGGAGCGGAAGCGUGCUGCGUUGUGUGAGGCGUUUGAUGCCGACGUUUGUGGGGCGGUGGGCAUUCCUCGUGGGUCAGUGGUGGAUUUGGAGUUUAAAAGUGGAGGUCUCUUUGCCGAGUUUGGUGUCCGUCAUGCGCCUUCGCUUCGUAAGCGUGAUGUGGAUAAGCGUCUUGCACGGUGCGAAUUUUGUAAGACGUGGGAGCUGUACGAACCACGGAACCUUAUGAUGAUUAAGGAUGAGCCCGUUGGUGGUGGUGUGGCGGACGGCGUUGUGGCACCUGAGGAUUCCGUGGUGACACACCACCGUGUGCAGUUUGACGGUGACGACUGGGAUGCUGUUCUGGAGCGGAAGCGUGCUGCGUUGUGUGAGGCGUUUGAUGCCGACGUUUGUGGGGCGGUGGGCAUUCCACGUGGGUCAGUGGCGGAUGUAGAGUUCACCUUGGGCAGUCUGUCGGUUGCGUUUGGUGUUCGUCACGCGCCGUCGCUUUCUAAGCGUGAUGUGGAUAAGCGUCUUGGCGAAUGCAACUUUGAUGAGGUAUGGAGGCUGUAUGACCGGCGGAAUGAAGAUCAGCAAACGGGAGACGCUGUGGGUGACGCAGUGCCUCGUACUGGGGCACCGGAGGAGUUGCCUGUUCUACGGGCAUCGGAGGAGUUGCCUGUUCUACAGGGAUACGAGGAGUUGCCACGCACCUCGUCGAAAACGCAGUCCACGACAAAAAUGUCUUUUGUACGUGGAGAUUAUUCUCGGUCAGUCGUCACUGUGGUGAAGCCGCGUCUGAGCAUGCUGGGUGGGCACCAGGAGGAGAGUGCAGUGCCAAUUGAGAAUGUGAUGAUAUCAAAUUAUGAGGAGGAGCUUGUGGUGACACGCCACCGUGUGCAGUUUGACGGUGACGAAUGGGAUGCUGUUCUGGAGCGGAAGCGUGCUGCGUUGUGUGAGGCGUUUGAUGCCGACGUUUGUGGGGCGGUGGGCAUUCCUCGUGGGUCAGUGGUGGAUUUGGAGUUUAAAAGUGGAGGUCUCUUUGCCGAGUUUGGUGUCCGUCAUGCGCCUUCGCUUCGUAAGCGUGAUGUGGAUAAGCGUCUUGCACGGUGCGAAUUUUGUAAGACGUGGGAGCUGUACGAACCACGGAACCUUAUGAUGAUUAAGGAUGAGCCCGUUGGUGGUGGUGUGGCGGACGGCGUUGUGGCACCUGAGGAUUCCGUGGUGACACACCACCGUGUGCAGUUUGACGGUGACGACUGGGAUGCUGUUCUGGAGCGGAAGCGUGCUGCGUUGUGUGAGGCGUUUGAUGCCGACGUUUGUGGGGCGGUGGGCAUUCCACGUGGGUCAGUGGCGGAUGUAGAGUUCACCUUGGGCAGUCUGUCGGUUGCGUUUGGUGUUCGUCACGCGCCGUCGCUUUCUAAGCGUGAUGUGGAUAAGCGUCUUGGCGAAUGCAACUUUGAUGAGGUAUGGAGGCUGUAUGACCGGCGGAAUGAAGAUCAGCAAACGGGAGACGCUGUGGGUGACGCAGUGCCUCGUACUGGGGCACCGGAGGAGUUGCCUGUUCUACGGGCAUCGGAGGAGUUGCCUGUUCUACAGGGAUACGAGGAGUUGCCACGCACCUCGUCGAAAACGCAGUCCACGACAAAAAUGUCUUUUGUACGUGGAGAUUAUUCUCGGUCAGUCGUCACUGUGGUGAAGCCGCGUCUGAGCAUGCUGGGUGGGCACCAGGAGGAGAGUGCAGUGCCAAUUGAGAAUGUGAUGAUAUCAAAUUAUGAGGAGGAGCUUGUGGUGACACGCCACCGUGUGCAGUUUGACGGUGACGACUGGGAUGCUGUUCUGGAGCGGAAGCGUGCUGCGUUGUGUGAGGCGUUUGAUGCCGACGUUUGUGGGGCGGUGGGCAUUCCUCGUGGGUCAGUGGUGGAUUUGGAGUUUAAAAGUGGAGGUCUCUUUGCCGAGUUUGGUGUCCGUCAUGCGCCUUCGCUUCGUAAGCGUGAUGUGGAUAAGCGUCUUGCACGGUGCGAAUUUUGUAAGACGUGGGAGCUGUACGAACCACGGAACCUUAUGAUGAUUAAGGAUGAGCCCGUUGGUGGUGGUGUGGCGGACGGCGUUGUGGCACCUGAGGAUUCCGUGGUGACACACCACCGUGUGCAGUUUGACGGUGACGACUGGGAUGCUGUUCUGGAGCGGAAGCGUGCUGCGUUGUGUGAGGCGUUUGAUGCCGACGUUUGUGGGGCGGUGGGCAUUCCACGUGGGUCAGUGGCGGAUGUAGAGUUCACCUUGGGCAGUCUGUCGGUUGCGUUUGGUGUUCGUCACGCGCCGUCGCUUUCUAAGCGUGAUGUGGAUAAGCGUCUUGGCGAAUGCAACUUUGAUGAGGUAUGGAGGCUGUAUGACCGGCGGAAUGAAGAUCAGCAAACGGGAGACGCUGUGGGUGACGCAGUGCCUCGUACUGGGGCACCGGAGGAGUUGCCUGUUCUACGGGCAUCGGAGGAGUUGCCUGUUCUACAGGCAUCGGAGGAGUUGCCUGUUCUACAGGGAUACGAGGAGUUGCCACGCACCUCGUCGAAAACGCAGUCCACGACAAAAAUGUCUUUUGUACGUGGAGAUUAUUCUCGGUCAGUCGUCAGUGUGGUGAAGCCGCGUCUGAGCAUGCUGGGUGGGCACCAGGAGGAGAGUGCAGUGCCAAUUGAGAAUGUGAUGAUGUCAAAUUAUGAGGAGGAGCUUGUGGUGACACGCCACCGUGUGCAGUUUGACGGUGACGAAUGGGAUGCUGUUCUGGAGCGGAAGCGUGCUGCUUUGUGUGAGGCGUUUGAUGCCGACGUUUGUGGGGCGGUGGGCAUUCCUCGUGGGUCAGUGGUGGAUUUGGAGUUUAAAAGUGGAGGUCUCUUUGCCGAGUUUGGUGUCCGUCAUGCGCCUUCGCUUCGUAAGCGUGAUGUGGAUAAGCGUCUUGCACGGUGCGAAUUUUGUAAGACGUGGGAGCUGUACGAACCACGGAACCUUAUGAUGAUUAAGGAUGAGCCCGUUGGUGGUGGUGUGGCGGACGGCGUUGUGGCACCUGAGGAUUCCGUGGUGACACACCACCGUGUGCAGUUUGACGGUGACGACUGGGAUGCUGUUCUGGAGCGGAAGCGUGCUGCGUUGUGUGAGGCGUUUGAUGCCGACGUUUGUGGGGCGGUGGGCAUUCCACGUGGGUCAGUGGCGGAUGUAGAGUUCACCUUGGGCAGUCUGUCGGUUGCGUUUGGUGUUCGUCACGCGCCGUCGCUUUCUAAGCGUGAUGUGGAUAAGCGUCUUGGCGAAUGCAACUUUGAUGAGGUAUGGAGGCUGUAUGACCGGCGGAAUGAAGAUCAGCAAACGGGAGACGCUGUGGGUGACGCAGUGCCUCGUACUGGGGCCUCUGAUUCCAUGCUUCCUCCGCUCUAUGCUGCUGAAUAUCGGGAUGGCAUCUCGCCGAUGCUCCAGUCGUGUGAUGCUGUGCCUCCUGCGCUCUAUGCUGCUGAAUAUCGGGAUGCCAUCUCGCCAAUGCUCCAGUCGUGUGAUGCUGUGCCUCCUGCGCUCUAUGCUGCUGAAUAUCGUGAUGCCAUCUCGCCAAUGCUCCAGUCGUGUGAUGCUGUGCCUCCUGCGCUCUAUGCUGCUGAAUAUCGUGAUGCCAUCUCGCCAAUGCUCCAGUCGUGUGAUGCUGUGCCUCCUGCGCUCUAUUCUGCUGAAUAUCAGGAUGCCAUCUCGCCGAGGCUCCAGUCUUGUGAUGCUGUGCCUCCUGCGCUCUAUUCUGCUGAAUAUCGGGAUGCCAUCUCGCCGAUGCUCCAGUCUUGUGAUGCUGUGCCUCCUGCGCUCUAUUCUGCUGAAUAUCGGGAUGCCAUCUCGCCGAUGCUCCAGUCGUGUGAUGCUCUGCCUCCUGCGCUCUAUUCUGCUGAAUAUCGGGAUGCCAUCUCGCCGAUGCUCCAGUCUUGUGAUGCUGUGCCUCCUGCGCUCUAUUCUGCUGAAUAUCGGGAUGCCAUCUCGCCGAUGCUCCAGUCGUGUGAUGCUCUGCCUCCUGCGCUCUAUUCUGCUGAAUAUCGGGAUGCCAUCUCGCCAAUGCUCCAGUCUUGUGAUGCUCUGCCUCCUGCGCUCUAUUCUGCUGAAUAUCAGGAUGCCAUCUCGCCGAGGCUCCAGUCGUGUGAUGCUCUGCCUCCUGCGCUCUAUUCUGCUGAAUAUCGUGAUGCCAUCUCGCCGAUGCUCCAGUCUUGUGAUGCUCUGCCUCCUGCGCUCUAUUCUGCUGAAUAUCGUGAUGCCAUCUCGCCAAUGCUCCAGUCUUGUGAUGCUCUGCCUCCUGCGCUCUAUUCUGCUGAAUAUCGGGAUGCCAUCUCGCCGAGGCUCCAGUCGUGUGAUGCUGUGCCUCCUGCGCUCUAUUCUGCUGAAUAUCGUGAUGCCAUCUCGCCGAUGCUCCUGUCGUGUGAUGCUCUGCCUCCUGCGCUCUAUUCUGCUGAAUAUCGUGAUGCCAUCUCGCCGAUGCUCCAGUCUUGUGAUGCUCUGCCUCCUGCGCUCUAUUCUGCUGAAUAUCGGGAUGCCAUCUCGCCGAGGCUCCAGUCGUGUGAUGCUGUGCCUCCUGCGCUCUAUUCUGCUGAAUAUCGUGAUGCCAUCUCGCCGAUGCUCCUGUCGUGUGAUGCUCUGCCUCCUGCGCUCUAUGCUGCUGAAUAUCGUGAUGAGGAGCUAGUGGUGACACACCACCGUGUGCAGUUUGACGGUGACGACUGGGAUGCUGUUCUGGAGCGGAAGCGUGCUGCGUUGUGUGAGGCGUUUGAUGCCGACGUUUGUGGGGCGGUGGGCAUUCCACGUGGGUCAGUGGCGGAUGUAGAGUUCACCUUGGGCAGUCUGUCGGUUGCGUUUGGUGUUCGUCACGCGCCGUCGCUUUCUAAGCGUGAUGUGGAUAAGCGUCUUGGCGAAUGCAACUUUGAUGAGGUAUGGAGGCUGUAUGACCGGCGGAAUGAAGAUCAGCAAACGGGAGACGCUGUGGGUGACGCAGUGCCUCGUACUGGGGCCUCUGAUUCCAUGCUGCCUGUGCUCUCUGCCGCUGAGGGGUGCUCUUUUGUGCGUAAGAGUCCUGUGGGGAUUCAGGAUGUUGCUGUACCUUUACGCAUUAUGGAGGAUGUGCGAUCUGCCGGUUUACAGUCUGCAGAUGUGGUGGACUCUUUAUUUCGGAAGAAGGAUGGUUUAGUUGAUCGUGAUGAAGAGAAUAGACAUUUUUCGCACUCAGUGGAGCCCUCAAAGUUGUUUGCGGUGUACCGUAUUGGCUUUGUUGGAAAGGGGUGGAGGAGCGUUGUGGAUAAGCAUUUAUCGCGUUUGAAGGACUGCUUUCUUUACGACUUGUCGGACAUUAGCAAAUUUGUUCCAAGGUCGGUUGAGGGUGUUUCUUGUAGUUCUUCGGGGGAUGUUGUUGUGACGGUGUUGUUGGAGCACUUGUCUUCCUUGUCACAAAACGAGGUCCUUCGCAUGUUGGAUGAUGCACCAUUUUUGUCGAUGUGGCGCCUUCAUGAUGAGUGUAUCGCCGAGGGUUCUGUUGGUCGUACGACGACCUUUCACCGCGUCGGGUUUGUGGGAGCAGACUGGUCCAGUAAGAUUAAUGGGGAACUUGUGGGCGCCGCGUUUGUGAAGGACGUUGUGGAAGUGCUACAUGUCAGACCUGAGGACGUGCGUAUUGCGGGUUACUAUGUUAGUGAGAACCUUGUUAUUGAUUUCUACGUUGAACACAGCGAUUCCAUUACUGAGGGGCAAAUUGAUGAAUUAUUGAACGCGACCAUGUUUGAGAAUGUCUGGGAGGUUUACAGGCGUGAGAGAAACCCCGUCAUGCAAGAAUUGCAGCCGCUGCGUGUGACGCCGCGGCAAGCCAAAAUUCGUGCAAACCUUUCAAAAAUACCGAAAUCUGUUGCUGCCCGACAGCACCACGGCCUUUACGUGAAUAAUUCGGUCGGGUACCCUCGGCCUGGGCUACGGUACCGGCAGCCAAGGACUGACCUCAAACAAUGCCCCAGCGUGCCCGAAGAACCUCUUUAUGUGCCGCAUGAGAAGCACUUACCGACGUGGGAUCGCGGGGUGGAGCUUCCAAAUGUUGCGCUCUCUCCCCGUGCGUUGCCUUGGCCGCUGCGGACCGAUUAUACCAAGGCGCAGCAACAACGGCGUGUGAAUUUGAAUGAGGUAAGCGAGGUGCUGGGGCUGCAGCGACAGCAGGGGUCGCAGCUUCAGCCUGAAAGUGCCGAUAUCCCGAAUGCGUGCUUGGGAUCCUCCUAUCAGGAGUCGGGGUCUACGCGCCGAGGGGAAUCGAGGGACCGCCUGCACCAAUACCGCGAGAGAAUCCGGCGUCUCCUACCCAAAUGA